CUACAGCCUUUUGACUUCGAUGUGAAAGAGAACUACAAACACAAAUUCAUGGUACAAUCAAUAAUUGUCCUCGAAAACAACGACAAUGUGGAUAAUAUCUGGAGAAAAGCUAAUCCUGAUCAAAUAAUGGAUUUGAAACUGAAUUGUAUUUUUGAUCCUGCUGAUGAUAUUAUUAUGAAAGACGAAGAGUUUAAUGUUGAACUUUAUCCAGGAUCAGUGAAUUACACUGACACAAAGGAACAAAUUUUACAGAUAUAUCCAGCGGACGAGCUUCAUUUUAAAGGUCCAUUUAAUAAAGCUGUCAACUGUAACAUAGUACUUCGAAAUCCAACUGAAAAGAGAGUAUGUUUUAAAGUGAAGACAACAGCUCCAAAAAAGUACUGUGUACGACCAAACUGUGGGAUAGUUGAGCCACGUGGCAAGGUGUCUGUAACUGUAAUGCUACAGCCUUUUGACUUCGAUGUAAAAGAGAACUACAAACACAAAUUCAUGGUACAAUCAAAUUGUCCUCGAAACAACGACAAUGUGGAUAAUAUCUGGAGAGAAGCUACUCCUGAUCAAAUAAUGGACUCGAAACUGAGUUGUAUUUUUGAUCCUGCAGAUGAUAUUGGUAUGGAAGACGAAGAGUUUAAUGUUGAACUUCAUCCAGGAUACUGCAAAUUCCUCAAAUCUUAUUUCAAGGGAAAAAAACACUAG